CUUUCGCUUCUGCCGGAAACCUAAUUGAUCAUUAUUUGCCUCUCCUAAAUGCCCAUCUCCAUGCUAUUUUCCUUAUUCUUGAGCGCGCUUUCGGUGUCGUUAAUGCUUCAAACACAAAACAUGUCGUCGAUAUCUUUGUUCAAUGCCAAGGCGCUUAUCGGCACACUUUACCGAUUCGCGACCCAGGGUCUGGUAUGCCAAGAUGCCCAGAUGCCAAGUUUACCUUGUCCCGUUGUCGUUCGCGUGGUCUCCCGUCUCGGCGCCGAGAUGAUUGACUACAGGUAGGGAGAGCACGUGAUUCGUAUUCCCGUUGAU